AUGUCACGUCGCAUCCUGCUCAUCAACGGCCCCAACUUGAAUCUCUUGGGCAAACGAGAACCUCAUAUUUACGGCUCAACCACCCUCGAAGAUAUUGAAACUCAAGCACGCCAACAAGCCCACGAACUGGGCGUCGAGAUUGACACAUUCCAGUCUAAUCACGAGGGCGCCAUCGUUGACCGCAUUCAAGAGACUGCAGGUUGGGGACCAAACGUGCGAGAAACCGACACACCGGGAAAGAGAGUGUCCGCCAUCAUCAUCAAUGCAGGGGCUCUGACACAUACGAGUGUAGCUGUUCGUGAUGCGCUCGCAGCGGUGGCGAUCCCUUUUGUUGAACUUCAUGUAUCUAAUGUCCACGCAAGAGAGACUUUCCGGGCGCAUAGCUACUUGAGUGACAAAGCCGUGGCUGUAAUUUGUGGGAUGGGAGCAUACGGAUACAGUGCUGCGAUAGAGUUUGCGGCGCAACACCUGAAGAUCGAGGGAGAAUAA